ACAGGAAAUUUAAAUUUGAAACCAGCAGUGUGUUGAAGAUGAUGCAAAGAGUUAUGUGCCGUAUGCUGUGGCCAGUGCCUUGCAGAAAAGUGUUCAGAAGAUUUGGCAUACCUUUGCUAAAACUGCCUCAUCCUGGAACAUUUUCCAUUUUCAGUUUUAAGAGACUGUGUUUUACUAAAGAGUAUAGUCUUUUUGGAGAUCAGAAUAUUGUUCUUAUGGGUCCACCUGGAGCAGGUAAAACAACUGUAGGCAGAAUUAUUGGUGAAAAAUUAGACUGGCCUUUCAUAGAUGUCGAUGAUGAUGUUCUUGAAAAGACAUGGAAUAUGAGUGUAGCAGAAAAACUGAAAGAAGGUCCUGAGCAAUUUUUGGAGGAAGAGGGCCAAGCCCUUCUAAAAUUGUCAGCGUCUGAAAGUGUAAUUUCCCUUACUGGAUCUAACCCUAUGCAUUCUGCUAGCAUGCAUCAUGUGAAAAAAAAUGGAAUAAUCGUAUUCUUAGAUGUCCCUGUAGAUGACAUUAUUAACAGACUUGAACAAAUGAAAGUGGAUCGUAUUGUUGGUCAGGGUCCUGGUAUUUCCUUGAGGGAAAUCCUCCUUUACAGGCAAAGCUUUUAUAAACAGUGGUAUGACAUACGAGUGCUUUGUGAGAGUGGGGAGGCUGUGGAAACAAUAGCAAAAAAAGUGCUUAUUGCUUUAAAAUGGUACCAAAAUUCUGAAGAAGGUGCAUUUAUUUCUUCUAGGAGCAUAUCAUCAGAAACCGUUGCGACAAAAAACAACAAAAAAAAUUUCAGUGAUGUUAUUAUUGAAGGGCUUGCUCCAAAUGGAGGCCUUUAUGUGCCUGUGAAGAGUCUUCCAAAACUAACAAGUGGAGAAUGGCUACGGCUGGUCUCCGCAUCAUAUGUUGAGAGAGCACAGAUACUGUUGGAGAGAUGUAUACAUCCUUCAGAUGUACCUGCUGUUGCAUUACAAGAGAUGAUUACAGCUGCUUAUGGGGACAAUUUUUUCUGCCCCAAAAUUGCUCCAGUUAGACAUUUAAUGGGUCACCAAUUCCUGCUUGAGUUGUUUCAUGGUCCAACUGCAUCUUUCAAAGACUUGGCUUUGCAGCUGUUUCCCUUGCUAUAUGCAUACUGUAUUCCAAGAACUUGCAAUUAUUUGAUCCUUGCUGCUACUUCUGGAGAUACAGGGAGUGCAGUCUUAGAUGGAUUUAGCCGCCUUAGUGAAACUGAUAAACAAAGAAUUGCUGUACUUAUUUUCUUCCCUGAAACUGGAAUUAGUAUGGUACAGAAAUUCCAGAUGAUAAGCUAUCAGCAAGAAAAUAUUCAGGCAUUAGGUGUUGAAUCAGACUUCGACUUUUGUCAAACAACUGUAAAGCAGAUACUUACUGAGGCACAUUUUACUGGUUUCCUUGCUGCACAAUGUGGGACAGCUUUGAGUAUUGCUAAUUCAAUUAACUGGGCCCGGCUUUUGCCUCAGAUUGUUUACCAUGCUUCUGCCUAUCUUGAUCUUGUCAAUCAAAAUGUAAUUACAUUUGGAGAUCAUGUAGAUGUUUGUAUUCCUACUGGAAACUUUGGCAAUAUUUUAGCAGCAGUGUACGCAAAGUUAAUGGGGAUUCCUAUUAGAAAAUUUUAUUGUGCAUCAAAUCAAAACCACAUCCUGACAGAUUUUAUGAAAACAGGACGGUAUGACUUGAGAGGCCGAAAAUUAGUAACUUCCAUUUCACCAGCAACAGAUAUCCUGAAGUCUUCCAAUCUCGAGCGAUAUGUGCAUUUGAUCAGUAAUGGUGAUGGGAUGCUGGUGAAAGAACUGUAUACUCAUUUGGAAAAUCAUUGCUUCUUUGAACUGCCAGAGCCUUUAUUGAAGAAAAUUCAGGAUGAUUUUUUAGCCGACUGGUGUUCUGAAGAAGACUGUCUAGCCGCUAUUCACUCUGUUUAUCGCACUACAGGGUAUAUCCUUGACACACACACAGCCAUUGCAAAAGUAGUUGCUGAUCGACUUCAAGAUGGAACAUGUCCCAUUAUCAUUUCAUGCACUGCUCAUUACUCUAAGUUUUUGCCUGCAGUAUUGCAGGCCUUAAAGUUUAGUAAUUUAAGUCUGAAUCCUGCUGCUCAGAUCCAGCUUUUAGAUGAUUUGCAUCUAGUGCCAUCUGUUCAUUUGGGUGUAUUAGAAGCACUGAAAAGAGAAGCACAGCAGAAAAGCAAAGUGUGUUCUGCUAGUAUAAGUGCAUUUAUGGACCAAAUCGAAGCUGUGAUACACCAUAAUUUCAUGAGAGUGAAGUAACCUUAAACAAAUGACCUGAUUGGAAGUGGUUAUUUUGAAUGCUAAUUGACUGAAUUUUUGAGCAUGCAUUGUUUUUUUUUUUGAUUUCCUUAAAAACUGAGUUUACAUAUUGUAGCUUAUAUAUUUAUAAAUAUAUAUGAUAACUGAGGUAGAUGGAAGGUAACACUUGACAAGUUAACAAAAAAACCCAAAACAAAGACUUUUCAAUGUUAGUAUACGUCUGUAAUAUUCUUUCAGUUUCUUUAUGGUUCUGUUCUGUUGAAGUAAAAAACAAAAAAGAAACUAUUUUGGUCUUGUAUCAGAAACGUGUGUAUUUAACACAUAUUGAAUUUUAAGGUGUAAUAACAGCCAUUUCUCUGAAUACUUUUACAACUGCUUAGCCAGUUCCUUCAAGAAUACUGUUUCAUGUUUUAUAGCUGUGAAUAAGAUGACCUGUAGAGUUGGUUUUCUUUUGAUAGUUAACUUUCUAAAUGUCUGUGGAUACAUUUUUCUGUACACCAUUAUCAGAGCAGCUGGCAAGAAGCACCUGUUGUCUGGGAGUGGUUGGAAGAUUAUGCAACAUUUCUGAAAAAAAUCAGCAGCUAUUUUUGUUGAAGAUGUAGAGUUGAAUAAAUAAGACACUGGUAAUACUCA